CUCUCUCACCCUCAUCACCGCCUACUCUUCUCACCUCUUCUUCCCACUCCAAAUUCUCUCUCUCCAAACCCAGCUAUGGACAGAGGAACCGCAAUUCUACUAGCAUUCAUCUGCCUCGUCGCCAGCGUCGGCGGCAUUUCCCCCUCCUCCGCCCCCGCCGCCUCCCCCUCCGCCGCCAAGGUCUCCACCCCUCCCGCCGCCUCCCCCGUCGCCACCCCCCCUUCCAAGCCCACCACCCCCGCUCCCGCCGCCGCCCCCGUCGCCACUCCCCCAGCUGUCUCAACUCCUCCAGCCUCAACUCCACUGGCUUCGCCUCCCGUCGUCGCCGCUCCGCCGCCGCAAGUGAGCUCGCCGCCAGCUCCAGUUCCCGUGAGCUCGCCGCCGACAGCCACUCCCCCAGCCAAGUCGCCGCCGUCGCCCGCCCCGGUCGCCGCCACUCCCCCCGCCGCUUCCUCGCCUCCCACCGAGGCUCCCGUUGAGGCUCCGGUUGAGGCGCCGGCACCGAGCAAGAAGAAAAGCAAGAAGCACGCCGCCCCCGCUCCGGCUCCUGAGCUCGCCGGACCACCAGCGCCUCCGGUCGGAGCUCCCGGACCUUCCGACGCCUUUGCCCCCGGCCCUGUGUCAGUUGGCGAUUUGAGUGGGGUGGAGAAAUUGAUGAGCGUGAAGAAGGUGUUGGCGAGUUUUGCAAUGGCCUCCGUGGCUGGGUGGAUGUUGUUCUAGAAACUUCAUUCUUUUUUUGUUUAUUUGCUAUUUUUAUUUAUAUCGACAGGGCCCAUCUGACCACAUGCACAUUAUGAGCACCAUAAUUUAGCAUAUUUAUAUGUGAAUUAUAUAUGUCAGACAUCAUGGGGCUGUAUUGGAUUCUUUGUGCUUGGGUAGAGAUUUGAGAGCGAGAGACAGGCUUUUCUUCAUUUGUAUUGUUCAUUGCUUUCCUUCUGUCUGUCAUGUGCUACUACUUUAUUAAGGCUCAUUAAUUUUAUUGAUUACUUAUUACUAA